GACCUCCGCCGCCCCCUCCCGCUACCUUCCUAUCCCGCCGCUCCAGAUCGCCCCCUGCUCUUCCCCCCACCCAACCCUGCUGCCCGCUCCGACUACCGCGGAGAGACCCGGGGAGAGUCGUUUGGGGAGCCCCGGAACCCGCGGUCGCCACCGCGGCGGCGGCCCCGGGCUGGAGGCGUCCGGGCGCCUCUUUCCUCCAGCCUCUGGGACCCAGCUACUCGCGGUCACCUCGCCCUGCCUGGGCUUGAGAAACCCAAUGCAUACCCCAAAGAGGGUUUUUGUGUAUGUGUGUGUUUUUAAAGGAUGGCUAUGAUGAGUGGGCCUUGGAGAUGUGAAACGGGGUAAGUCUAUCGUUUACUUUGCAAAAGAGGUCGCGUGUGUAUGUCUCUGUGUGUGUGUGUAUGUGUGUGUGUGUGUGUGUGUGUGGCGGGGUGGCUUUCUUUCCCUCUCCUCCCUCCCCUUCUUCCUCCGUUUUCCCUUCCUUCUCUUUGGGGCGGGGUGGGGGAGGGGGAGCCUCGCGUCCUGGAACUCCGGGUGCUUCUGCCUGGGCGGCCGCUUGAGCAGCUGUGCCCGGAGCCUCCGGUUCGGCCUGGGUGCUGGGCUCCAGUACGAGUGGCUCCAUGCUGCUUAAUGCGGGGACGUACAGGGCGGUGAUCCAGUACCUAAAUUCUCUGGGAGAAAAUGAAUAAUCCCCCCGCCCCCGCCCUCCAGGAAAAAAAAAAAAAUCUGAGAAUCUGAGAAUGUUCAGCGCACCCGCGAAUUUCCAUCGGAGGUGCGUUUCCCCGUCAGAAUGUCAGCCUUCCCAGGCUCAUUCAACUUUAUUUUCUCAAAUUUUUGGUCUCCUUUGCUAGCAAGGAGGAGGGGAAAGGGGGUGGGUUGAGAGGAAGCUCUUCGAUCCUUGCUAACUAGAACUGAAUUAAAGUUGUAAACGCUGGAGUUUAAUACUGGCUGGACAGAAUUUGCAAUGGGCUUUCAGAUGCGGUGGGAGGUGAAUGGGGGCGGGGAAGCACAGGGAGGGAGGGGGAGGGGACCCAACCUCGCUGAAUGGAUGUGCGGAUUUGAUCCAGCGGAGAACUGAAAUUUCAAGGAGGUAAAAUGCACACUUGCUGCCCCCCAGUAACUUUGGAACAGGACCUUCACAGAAAAAUGCAUAGCUGGAUGCUGCAGACUCUAGCGUUUGCUGUAACAUCUCUCGUCCUUUCGUGUGCAGAAACCAUCGAUUAUUAUGGGGAAAUCUGUGACAAUGCAUGUCCUUGUGAGGAAAAGGACGGCAUUUUAACUGUGAGCUGUGAAAACCGCGGGAUCAUCAGUCUCUCUGAAAUUAGCCCUCCCCGUUUCCCAAUCUACCACCUCUUGUUGUCCGGAAACCUUUUGAACCGUCUCUAUCCCAAUGAGUUUGUCAAUUACACUGGGGCUUCAAUUUUGCAUCUGGGUAGCAAUGUUAUCCAGGACAUUGAGACCGGGGCUUUCCAUGGGCUACGGGGUUUGAGGAGAUUGCAUCUGAACAAUAAUAAACUGGAACUUCUGCGAGAUGAUACCUUCCUUGGCUUGGAGAACCUGGAGUACCUACAGGUCGAUUACAAUUACAUCAGCGUCAUUGAACCCAAUGCUUUUGGGAAACUGCAUUUGUUGCAGGUGCUUAUCCUCAAUGACAAUCUUUUGUCCAGUUUACCCAACAAUCUUUUCCGUUUUGUGCCCUUAACGCACUUGGACCUCCGGGGGAACAGGCUGAAACUUCUGCCCUACGUGGGGCUCUUACAGCACAUGGAUAAAGUUGUGGAGCUACAGCUGGAGGAAAACCCUUGGAAUUGUUCUUGUGAGCUGAUCUCUCUAAAGGAUUGGUUGGACAGCAUCUCCUACUCAGCCCUGGUGGGGGAUGUGGUUUGUGAGACCCCCUUCCGCUUACACGGCAGGGACUUGGAUGAAGUAUCCAAGCAGGAACUGUGCCCAAGGAGACUUAUUUCUGACUACGAGAUGAGGCCGCAGACGCCUUUGAGCACCACGGGGUAUUUACACACCACCCCGGCCUCAGUGAAUUCUGUGGCCACUUCUUCCUCUGCUGUUUACAAACCCCCUUUGAAGCCCCCUAAGGGGACCCGCCAACCCAACAAGCCCAGGGUGCGCCCCACCUCUCGGCAGCCCUCCAAGGACUUGGGCUACAGCAACUAUGGCCCCAGCAUCGCCUAUCAGACCAAAUCCCCGGUGCCUUUGGAGUGUCCCACCGCGUGCACUUGCAACCUGCAGAUCUCUGAUCUGGGCCUCAACGUAAACUGCCAGGAGCGAAAGAUCGAGAGCAUGGCUGAACUGCAGCCCAAGCCCUACAACCCCAAGAAAAUGUAUCUGACGGAGAACUAUAUCGCUGUCGUGCGCAGGACAGACUUCCUGGAGGCCACGGGGCUGGACCUCCUGCACCUGGGGAACAACCGCAUCUCGAUGAUACAGGACCGCGCUUUCGGGGAUCUCACCAACCUGAGGCGCCUGUACCUGAAUGGCAAUAGGAUCGAGAGGCUAAGCCCGGAGUUAUUCUAUGGCCUGCAGAGCCUGCAGUAUCUCUUCCUCCAGUACAAUCUCAUUCGCGAGAUUCAGUCUGGAACUUUUGACCCGGUCCCAAACCUCCAGCUGCUAUUCUUGAAUAACAACCUCCUGCAGGCCAUGCCCUCAGGCGUCUUCUCUGGCCUGACCCUCCUCAGGCUAAACCUGAGGAGUAACCACUUCACCUCCUUGCCGGUGAGUGGAGUUUUGGACCAGCUGAAGUCACUCAUCCAAAUCGACCUCCACGACAACCCUUGGGAUUGUACCUGCGACAUUGUGGGCAUGAAGCUGUGGGUGGAGCAGCUCAAAGUGGGCGUCCUAGUGGACGAGGUGAUCUGUAAGGCGCCCAAGAAAUUCGCUGAGACAGACAUGCGCUCCAUUAAGUCGGAGCUGCUGUGCCCUGACUAUUCAGAUGUAGUGGUUUCCACGCCCACACCCUCCUCCAUCCAGGUCCCUGCGAGGACCAGCGCGGUGACUCCUGCGGUCCGGUUGAACAGCACCGGGGCCCCCGCGGGCUUGGGCGCAGGCGGAGGGGCGUCGUCUGUGCCCUUGUCUGUGUUAAUCCUCAGCCUCCUGCUGGUUUUCAUCAUGUCAGUCUUCGUGGCCGCUGGGCUCUUCGUGCUGGUCAUGAAGCGUAGGAAGAAGAACCAGAGCGACCACACCAGCACCAACAACUCCGACGUGAGUUCCUUCAACAUGCAGUACAGCGUGUACGGCGGCGGCGGCGGUGCGGGCGGCCACCCACACGCGCACGUGCAUCACCGCGGGCCCGCGCUGCCCAAGGUGAAGACGCCCGCGGGCCACGUGUAUGAAUACAUCCCCCACCCACUGGGCCACAUGUGCAAAAACCCCAUCUACCGCUCCCGAGAGGGCAACUCCGUAGAGGAUUACAAAGACCUGCACGAGCUCAAGGUCACCUACAGCAGCAACCACCACCUGCAGCAGCAGCAGCAGCCGCCGCCGCCACCGCAGCAGCCACAGCAGCAGCCCCCGCCGCAGCUGCAACUGCAGCCCGGGGAGGAGGAGAGGCGGGAAAGCCACCACUUGCGGAGCCCCGCCUACAGCGUCAGCACCAUCGAGCCCCGGGAGGACCUGCUGUCGCCGGUGCAGGACGCCGACCGCUUUUACAGGGGCAUUUUAGAACCAGACAAACACUGCUCCACCACCCCCGCCGGCAAUAGCCUCCCGGAAUAUCCCAAAUUCCCGUGCAGCCCCGCUGCUUACACUUUCUCCCCCAACUAUGACCUGAGACGCCCCCAUCAGUAUUUGCAUCCGGGGGCAGGGGACAGCAGGCUACGGGAACCGGUGCUCUACAGCCCCCCGAGUGCUGUCUUUGUAGAACCCAACCGGAACGAAUAUCUGGAGUUAAAAGCAAAACUAAACGUUGAGCCGGACUACCUCGAAGUGCUGGAAAAACAGACCACAUUUAGCCAGUUCUAAAAGCAAAGAAACUCCCUUGGAGCUUUUGCAUUUAAAACAAACAAGCAAGCCGACACACACGGUGAACACAUUUGAUUAAUUGUGUUGUUUCAACGUUUAGGGUGAAGUGCCUUGGCACGGGAUUUCUCAGCUUCGGUGGAAGAUACGAAAAGGGUGUGCAAUUUCCUUUAAAAUUUACACGUGGGAAACAUUUGUGUAAACUGGGCACAUCACUUUCUCUUCUUGCGUGUGGGGCAGGUGUGGAGAAGGGCUUUAAGGAGGGCAAUUUGCUGCGCGGGUGAUUUGUGAAAGGCCGCAGUCAUUUUUGUAGUGGUUGGAAGUGCUAAGAAUGGUGGAUGAUGGCAGAGCAUAGAUUCUACUCUUCCUCUUUUGCUUCCUCCCCCCUUCUCCCGCCCCACCUCCGUUUCUCCCCUUUUAAGCCAUGGGUGGGUCUAACUGGCUUUUGUGGAGAAAUUAGCACACCCCAACUUUAAUAGGAAAUUUGUUCUCUUUUCCGCCCCUCUCCUUCUCUCCUUCCCUCCCCUCCCUUCUCAUUCCUUUUCUUUGUUUUUAAAGGAUGUGUUUGUAUGCAUUCUGGACAUUUGAAUUUAAAAAAAUAUUGUGAUCCUGUAAAGGAUCACCAUAGAUGUGGACAAAUCAUUAAAAUUACAGAGCUAUAUGAUCCAUAAUUGAUUAGUCAAAAUAACUUAUUGAUGAAAUAUACAAAUAUUUUAUUGUAGCACCUAUUUUUAUAUGCACAUUUAGCAUUCCUCUUUCCUUCACUUUAGCCUAUGAUUUUGCAGAGGUGUCGCACUGUAUUAGGAUCUGCAUUUCUAAAACUGACGUGGUAUCAGGAAGGCAUUUUCAAUCAUUAAAAAUGUGGAGAAUUUAAUGGCAAAAUCUUUAAAAGCCAAUGCAACCCACCCAAUUGAAUCUGUAUUUUUUUUUAAGAAGGAAGAUCUGAUUGUAUCCCAAUGCAUUAAAAAAAAAAAAAAUAGGGCAAUUAAUUGGGCCAUUCCAGUGUGAAUUGUGUGAAAGUUUUGGGUUUUAUUAGAAAAGAUUUGAAAGUUAUUUUUAUUAGUGAACCAAAAUGACAUGUUGAUUUGACUACUAUUGUAGCCGAUUUUCGAUUGUUUAACCAAACCCAGUUGCAUUUGUACAGAUCCACAUGUACUGGCACCUCAGAAGACCAAAUCAUGGACUGUACAAGUCUCUAUACGAUGUCUUUAUCCCUGUGGGCAGCAAGCAAUGAUGAUAAUGACAAACAGGAUCUCUGUAAGAUGGGGCUACUGUUGUUACAGUCUCAUAUGUAUCCCAGCACAUGUAAUUUUUUAAAUAGUUUCUGAAUAAACACUUGAUAACUAUGUCAAAUAUGAGGGAUGGAAGUAAUGAUUAUUUAAGGUGCAAAAUACUUACCUAUGUGUGAUUGAUAGAAUCUCCACCAUUAACAAUUUAGGAAGUAGUUCCUAAACUUUAUUCCUAAUACAAAAUGUUUUUCCCCUAAUUAGCAAAAUUUUAAAGUAUACAUAUAUAUAUAUAACAUAUAUUACAUAUAUAUGUAAUGUAUGCCUUUGUUGGUUCAGGGAAGUAUGGUUUUCUAAAUGUGUCACUUAAUGUGUUUAUUAUAUUUUCAAUGUUGUAACUGUUUCCUUACUGAAGUAUUCAUCUGCUACGUGGUGCAUGGUAAGUAAUAUAUUGCAUAUUCACUUUUCUCUUAAUAUGAUGUACUUGUCAUAUCAGUAUUAUUUAUUCAGUCUACAGUUUUCCAUAGUUUUCAUAUUUUUAACUUGUGUAAAACUACCUUCAACAAUUAUGAUGGAUUCCUUAUCUAAAGUUGAUCAGUAUUCUAAAUGCUCAAAAUGUUGGUGGAUAUGAUCCCAUCAUCUUUGAAUAAGGUUUUCUAGUGAGUUUAGACUAUGAUUUAAGGAUAAGAAAUGUUUCAAUUAUGUGCCUCAUUGCUAUAGGUGGAUCUCCCAAUAAUCUCACCUGGAAUUUGUACAAUAUCAAGGGCCGUUCAUGAACUUUGUGUUUAAAGAACAAUUUCCAUGGCAUUCUGCCACAAAGAGGCAGCAUUCACCCAUGAGAAAAUUGACAGUAACUACUUGAAUUCAGAUUGAACAGGUGGUACCAGUUUCCCCGAGGAUUAAAAAAAAUUGUAAUGCUACAUUGACCAAGUACAGUAAGCUAUUCAUAUUCUUUGCAACAUUUUCCUUUCUAAAUUUUUUUUUCAAAGGGGAAAGGAAUAAGCUCAAUAAUGCCAUGGUAUUAUCAUGAAGAAAAGGGCAUUGCUUGCUCUUCAUCUACCUCCUGUAUAUUAGAUCCAGGAUUAGAAAAGAAAAAGAAAUUAGCAUUUGACUUCACAAUUGAGAUUGUUAUUCACAGCAGCAGGCAUUUAUUUUUUUAAUGUCAAUAUCACUUCCUCAACCUUAUAUAUAGGUAUGACAGUUUUAUAAAUUAUAAAAUAUAAAUGUAAAGUAGACUCCUCCAUGUAACUUACUUUUAUUUCUUAAUUGAUGCAUAAAACAAAAAGAUAAGAAUUACAUAAAAUUAAUGACAAUUCUGGACAAUAUAACUAACUUUCAAAGAAAGUUCAGUGAUGUAUACAUUUUUUCAAAGAUUUGCAAAAUUUUAUUGUAAAACCAGCAUCAUUUUACAUAUUUUUGUCACAUAUACUCCCUUUAGGUAGUUCAUUUCUAUCUUUACCCUUCCUAAGAUGUCCAAUAUCUAAUUUUAAUCUCGAAAAUAACAUUUAUAGAUCGAUUUUUAAAAGUUACCCUUAAUUUGUAUAUUUUCCUACUGUAUUAAGAAGAUAAAAGUAAAUUCAUCCUUUCAUAAAUGUGAAAAAAAUGUUCCUUAUCUCAGAAUCAUGAAACUGCACAGAAUUAAAAAAUGAACGUUUUUCCUCCUACCAAUGGCUUCCUGCCAAUACACUAACUUACACAUUAGAAUAUAGGUGGUAUAGUGUUGAAUGUUUGAUUUUUUGUUGAUUUAAGUUGUUCACUGAGUAGAUAAUUAGACUGAGCGUAUCAGUAGUAUAUGACUGGAGUAAGAAACCCUGCAAAUUAUCUUCACAGAAUUUUGGGGAACAAAAUCUAUAAUGUUUCAGGCAUCAAUUAAAUUUUGGGUGCAAAUUAAGCUUAUUCUUUGUGCUUGUUCGAUUUAAUAUGUUGCAUAAAUCUCAUAUAUUUCCAGGUAGAUAUUACAAAAUAUUAUUUCAAUGUCUAUGUGAUUAUGACAUAAAUACUUAAAUUAUAUAAGAGAAAAUAAACAUAUUCCAAGAAAAUGUAGAUAAUUUGUAUGCUAAUAUAAAAAAAUCAUUUACAGCUAAACUAUUGAUUGAAGUUAUAAGUUAAACCACCUUAGCAUAGAUAGCCGACUUGGAACAUGUCUUCUCUUCAGUCCAGAUUAUCACCUUUACACAUGAAAAGUGGAAAAUUUUGAAAAAUUUCCUGGGAACUCAUGUCUGUUCCUCACUACUGUUCAAUACUAGUAAGAAAAUCAAACUAGUUUAUAAUGAGAACAUCCACAUGUACUGUGAAAAAAGUUACAAUUUAAGAAUUUAAUCCAAGAUCGCAGUUUCUGGCCUUACGUAUUAAUUACAUGUGUGUUAAUACCUUGUUUUGUUGGCAAAAUAUUCAAAUUAAUAUUUAUUAUUUUCUUUUUGCAUUCUAUUAUUUCUUGUUUCCUUGCAUCUCCUCCUUCCCUCCUUCUUUCUCUCUUUUUAUCUUUUUUCUUCAUUAUUUUUCAAUAAAGCAAAGGAAAGAGUGAAAAUAGUUUAGUCCUAGUUUGAAAUGCCAAAAGCUGGCUAUCUAAUUUCAAGAGUUCUAUCAAUGGUUCCCAAAGUCACACGACUCCAGAUUAAUGAUAGUACAGCAGAUCACAAAUAUUCUGUCAAUUCAUUUGGAAAUGUACUCUUCUUGCACUUUUCAGACUGCUCCAAAUUAAGGUAUUUGCAGGCAUGCGAGAUACCUGGAAUGACUACUUUUAAGAAUAAAUUUUACACUAAGAAAAAGGAACUAGAAACAUCAAAGCAACAGAUUUAAAUAAUAGAACCAGGCACAGUUAAUUAAUUAAUUUUCAAAGAGAAUAAAAUGUUGCAAAAGUAUAAACUGUUACUAUAUUAACAGUUGUAAUUAUGCAUAAGUUUCACAAACCCUUUGAGAUUCUCCACUGUUGCAAAUAAAUACGUGAGAAUAAAAUUAAAGUAGUUGGAUAGACAUUAGUCAUGUGCCUAAAAAUAAUUAUCUAACAUCUAUAUCCUCAUAAACUUUAUAUCCAUUGAUAUAACAACUGUACAUUAUAAUUAUUAAUUUCAAUUCCAUGUAAUGCCUUUCUAUAACCAUAUAUAUUUCCAUGAAUAUAUGUAGCAUGUAUAUGACAUACAAAAAUAGAUGGAUUAUCGAGGAGUCAUUACACACACAUUUUCCCCAAAUUUUUUAUAUUUUAAUAUUUUCAAGGAUUUCAGAUUAUACUUUUUAUUUUAAUGUUUUAGGAAUGUUAGUUUGGGGACAGAAAAUUUGAUGCAGUAAAAUUUUUGAAUGUGACAAUAAUACAGUACUUUUUAUUUCUUCCUCUGGUUUUAGCAGACCAUGGCUUACUAGGCACAGGUCAAAUACUUCUCAUGUUAAUUGUACUAGUAUUAUAAAAACUGUGCUAGUAUUAAAAGAACAACAUUUAACUCCAAGUUUGAGAUAUUUAGACUAUUUCCUAAAAAACUUCUGAAGAUUAAAUUAGAAAUAUUUUAUAGAAAAUUGAUAUAAUACAAAUAUAAUUUGAUUUUUUAGAGACCAAAACAAAAGAUCAAAACAAAACAUUAUGAUAUAUUGCGCAACAAUGCUAAGUAUGUCAGAUACAUUUUUAUUAGAUAUUAGGAAAGUCAUUUUAUAGAAGAAAGUAAUAGUCAAGUAAUAGUCACAGAGAUAUGUUGAACGGAAAUCUUCCACUGAGGUUUUUUUUGGGCAUCUUUAUUAGUAAUCAUGAAGAAAUAUUGUGUAUUAUAUUAUAAAAUAAGCAUAUAUAUACUUUAAAAUUCAUGUUUCUAAAAGUGGAAGUUAUGAACCAUUGUUUUGAAAGGAUGUUUUUCAUUUUUGUUGUUGAUUUUAAUUUUAAUUUAACAUACGCACAGAUGACAUUGUGGGUUUAUUUUGAAGACUCAUUUAUACCUGGUCCACAUUAAACAAGCUUAUUUGCAAUUUGUAUAUUUAAAGAAUUAUUUCAAGACAUUACCAUACAAGUUCAAUUCUUUUUUGAUUAUAAUACUUCAGUAUUGAAUCAUAUUUAUAUUCAUAUAUAUUUAUGCAAGUAGCAAAAUUCUGUGGGUUUUGGUGUUCUGGAAUGUACAUGUUUUAGAUUUUUACUCACAAAUUAAUUUCUACCACUAGUGAUCAUUUCUAGUAUUCUUAACUACCACACUUUUCAAAAAUCUUGUAUACUUCAUUAAAAACAAUACAUAAUAAUGGAUAUUGAAGCCAAAAUUUCUGCAUAUUUUCAAUUUAGUACCUGCCUAUUGAAAUAAAAUCUGAAGCAUGUCAGUAACCCCAGGUUCAUUGAUUAGCAAAUUUCUUUUAGGAUACUAUAAUACUCUGACUAGCAUAUUUCAUACAUGAGAAGUUUAUCAGCGUCAUGCAGACUAGUUUUAAAUAAUAUAAAAAUCGAUAUAUAAAAAUGAAAACUUGACCAAUAAAUUUAUCUUGCCUGUAAUAAUAUAUUUUCAUAAAUUAUCCACAAAAAUUCUGCUUUUUAACUUUAUAAACAUAGAAUAUUUUUUGCUAUAUUAACAUCCAAAGUCAAAAGGGUAUAUCACUCUGAAAAUUCUAAUAGUGAAAGACUUAUAGCUAUCAAAUUUAUUUAAAUCCUCUGUUUUAAUAUCUACUUUAAAUCUUCACUUCAAAAUACGCAGUUAAUGGUAUAUGUUUUUCUUUAUAUAGCUGAAAUCUGCCCUUGCUAAAGUUUCCUAAGAUAUACAUUACAUAUAAUAGGGUUUCUUCACAGUUUUCUUUUCGUUUAGCAUUUAGGUAUAAGAUAUUAAAAUAUGAAGUUAUAAACUACCACUAGUUAAGUUGUAAUUAUGUUUCUUCAAAGGAUAUACCUCAAAUCUAUAAUCCUGCCCAAAUUUUUAAAUCUAGUGACCAUGAGCAUAUAUAUGGGUGCAUCCAAAUGAGAAUAUUGAGAUCCAGAAAUUAGUCAUUUUAGAGAAUAUUCAAAAUCAUUCACCAGACUGUCAUUUAAAUGCAUUCAAUCAGUAUAAUGAUAUAUGCGUUACCUAGUUAUAAUGAAAGAUUCCUUAUUCUUUGAUGAAAAUGUAGUGUUUCACUGGAAAUUGUUUUUUGAAAGUUAAAAGAUAAUUAUUGAGUAUCCAGAUUAUAAAUUUUAAAUAUCCUCUCCAAGAUUUUAUAUAUAUACAUAUACACACACACACACACACACACACAUACAUACACACACACACAGAAAAUUAAAGAGGGUCUUUCUAUAAAAGUAAGCAUUUUAGGAAAUAACUAAUUUCAUAUGGCUUUCACUAUGCUUGACUUUUAAUUUAACAACUAACUUCAUCUUCUUUUAAGAUUUUUUCCCCAGAGAAGGUAUUUUUUUGCAUAGCAUGCACUUGAGUCAUCUGCUGUCCCAUUAUGGUUUUGGCCCCAUCUCUUCAUUUAGAAACUCUGUGCCCAAGGUCAGACAUUUAGAAAACGAUCUCUAUCAUUGCCUUCAAUUCUCACAACGGAAUCAUUCUACCACUGUCCCCAACCUCCUUGUUUUUUGAAAGAAAAAAAAAAAAAAA